UCCCGCGACGCCGACGCCCUCCCGGAAGUGGGCCCUAGAUCGGACAGUGAAAUUGGCAGCCGGUGGCUCUCCAGACCAGAUCUGGGGGGGUCGCCCCCGAACAGUUUCUCUGCGUUUCCUCUCGAUUCUUCCUAAGUCCUCCAGAUCCGUGUAGUGAGGAAACGUCUCCACGAUCAUGGGGGGCGGAGAUCUGAAUCUGAAGAAGAGCUGGCACCCGCAGACCCUCCGCAAUGUGGAGAAAGUGUGGAAGGCUGAGCAGAAGCAUGAGGCUGAGCGGAAGAAGAUUGAGGAGCUUCAGCGGGAGCUGCGGGAGGAGAGGGCCCGGGAGGAGAUGCAGCGCUAUGCGGAGGAUGUGGGGGCUGUCAAGAAAAAAGAAGAAAAAUUGGACUGGAUGUACCAGGGUCCUGGUGGGAUGGUGAACCGUGAUGAGUACUUGCUGGGGCGCCCCAUUGACAAAUACGUUUUUGAGAAGAUGGAGGAGAAGGAGGCAGGCUGUUCUUCUGAGACAGGACUCCUCCCAGGCUCUAUCUUUGCCCCGUCGGGUGCCAAUUCCCUUCUUGACAUGGCCAGCAAAAUCCGGGAGGACCCACUCUUCAUCAUCAGGAAGAAGGAGGAGGAGAAAAAAAGAGAGGUAUUGAAUAAUCCUGUGAAAAUGAAGAAGAUCAAAGAAUUGUUGCAAAUGAGUCUGGAAAAAAAAGAGAAGAAGAAAAAGAAGGAGAAGAAAAAGAAGCACAAGAAACAUAAGCACAGAAGCUCAAGUAGCGACCGUUGCAGCAGUGAGGAUGAGCGCAGCCGGGAAAGAUCUCAAAAGAAGAUGGCAAAUUCUUCCCCUGUUUUGUCCAAAGUCUGUGGAUAUGGCUUACAGAUCAGGAACUCUGACCAUAGCAAGGGACUGCAGGGUCCUCUGAUGGCCGAACAAAGGGGAGUCCACAGAUUGAAGAAUCACUCCAGAUCCAGAAGCUCCUCCCACUCACCUCCCAGACAUGCCAGCAAGAAGAGCACCAGAGAAGCAGGGUCAUGGGACAGGAGGUCUCGAUCCCCUGGCAGAAGAUCACGGUCCCCAAAGCAAAGCAAACCGCACAACUCUAAGGUAAACAGGAGAGAGAGAGGCCGAACUAAGAGCCCAUCACCAAAAAAAGAGGUCUACCAAAGAAGGCAUGCUCCUGGAUACACCAGAAAGCUCUCAUCAGAGGAACUAGAGCGAAAACGGCAAGAGAUGAUGGAAAACGCCAAGUGGCGGGAGGAAGAGAGGCUGAACAUCCUCAAGAGGCAUGCUAAGGAUGAUGAACGGGAGCAAAGGCUGGAGAAGCUGGACUCCCGUGACGGGAAGUUUAUCCACCGCAUGAAGCUAGAGAGUGCAUCUACCUCCUCCCUGGAGGAUCGGGUGAAGCGGAAUAUUUACUCUCUACAGAGAACAUCAGUAGCUCUGGAGAAGAACUUUAUGAAAAGAUGAAAACCAUCCCCUCUCUUGCUGGUUUUCCUGAAUUUUCCAGGGAGGCUACUGACCCCUUAAAAAUUCUCUUUAUAAGAGUUCAAAACGGCUUCUUCUACAGAUGUCAAACCACCACUGUUCAAAGUGACUCUUCUCCAUCGAUUCCUGAAACGGCUCACUUCCUUUGAGAACCAGUGUGACUUGCUUUAUGGGACCCCCAGUAACUUUUGCUUUUGCUGGGUGCAAGAGUGGGUUUUGACUGUGUUUUUAAUGGGUGGGCACUGGACCAUCUAGGUCUGAGCACUCGUCCUGCUCUGGAAGGCUGCUCCCUGUGGUUGUGAUACUUACUAUGCCACUUCCCUCCCACCUGUGUGAACAGACCUAUUCUAUCGCCUCAGUAUAGACUGGACCUUUCAGAAAUCUCUCUCUCCAGAGCCACCCAGAUCAAUUGUGUUUACUGGGGUAAAUGAACAUUUACUUGAUUUAAUAGAUAAUGUGACAGAAUGAUGUCAGUUUAGGGCAGAGCCAAGGGAGUGACAAAGAAUCUGGAAGGGAAACAAUACAAAAAUGCCCCAAAUGAACUGUUGAACUAUUUGGACUAUCUUUUGAAUUGUAAAAGUGUGGUGUGUAUAUGUACAAAUGUAUAAUUUUUACAUGCUUUUUAAAAAAAGUUAGCUUUGUGAGAAUAUCUUGUUUUGUAGAUGACUUUACUAUGUAAUGGAACCAUAUUGUAUCCUGUUAUUGAGUAAUACAGUAAGGCAGGUCAGCAUUUUUUUUUUUUUUCUCUGCAAAUCUGGCUAGUUUAGGAGGGACCUGGGUUUAUUGAUAGGAUCUAGGGUAUCUAUCCUUUUAUGAUGCUUAGAGUCUCAGAUAUGGGCAAUGCAGCAGUGAAGUGAAAGGAUUUUAGGAGUCAGGACCAAAUUGCCAGUCUGCUCCCUGGCUGUUAAAAUAAAACGGAAGCUGUUUAUUUCAUGGCUUCCCCUUUAUCAUGUAGUAAUUUUAUUACUCUUCUAGAUUUUCAGGAGUUGUUUGCUACUCUUUUUUAGUCAGGUAUUAAAAAAACAAAAAACUCAUGGGA